AUGUCGACAGAAAUACUAGACAGCCAAGUUACCCUCCACGACAGAUGGCACAGCGGAGAACGCAAACUCCAGGACCUCCUCCAAGUCCGCGAGAACGUCAAGAACCAUAGCUCAAUCUUCCGACCUUACCUCACCACCCAGAUGCAAGACUUUGUUCCUGACUUGAAUUACUUCUUUAUUGGAACCCUUGACGAACGAGGACGGCCUUGGGUGUCGUUCUUGACGGGCAGGAAAGGGUUUAUGAACUCGCCACAUAUCCGGUUGUUAGAAAUCAAGACUCGUCUCGAAGGUGGAGCAGGAGGAGAGCGACAUCACAAGGCAGCAGCGGCAGCUCAGAUUUCGACGCCUCCAGAUCCGUUGUUUCAUAACCUGACCAAGGGAGAGACACUGAGUGGUGGGCAGAGGAAGUGGGGUGGAGUCGCGUUGGACUUUACGAACCGCCGACGGAACAAGAUGAAUGGAGUUCUUCUGCCGGAUGAUAUCCUUCAAGUUGAUGAGGCGACAGGGGAGCUUCAUGUUCUGCUGACAGUCGAGCAGACAAUUGGCAACUGCCCAAAGUACAUCACGAUCCGCGAAAUGGACUCCUCAGAACCACAAGAUACCCCCGAACUCGAAGCCGGAGCCAGCGCAAGCCAAACUCUCGACGAGAACUCGCGGCGACCACUCUUCAAGGGCUUCGAUUCAGAACAAAUCGCGAUUGUCGAUCAGGCCGAUUGUCUCUUUAUUGCCUCGCGGUUCAUUGACGAGUCGAUUGCAGACCAGACAAGCGGUAUGGAUUGCAACCAUCGUGGUGGCAACCCGGGUUUUGCGCGCGUCAAUGGGAACCAGAUUGUCUUUCCUGACUACAGCGGCAAUCGCUUCUUCAACACACUGGGAAACAUUAUUAACGACGAGAGGGUCGGUCUAUUGUUCGUCAACUUUGGCGUCGGCGACACACUCCAAGUAACCGGCAGAGCGCAAAUCCUCAUCGGAAAGGAUGCCCAAGACGCUUACCCCCACGCCCAACGAGUCGUACAGGUCACCGUAGAAGACUCUAUCCUCAGACCGGGAUCCUUGCCAUUCAGGAUGCGCACCAAGGAACUUUCACCUUACAACCCCAUCACUCCUUCCCACCAACAGCGAGUAAUCGACAAGACUGCCGUAUCCGUGGCUGCCACACUGUCGGAGAUCACGGUGCACACGAAUGAUAUCCGGACCUUCCGGUUCAAGGUCUCGAAACCGAUUCGGUACACUCCUGGACAGUAUGCGGUUCUAGACUUUGGCGCGUUUAAUACGCUGGGGUACCGACAUAUGGCGCCUGACAACCCGCAGAGUCUGAAUGAUGAUUAUAUCCGGACGUGGACCAUUUCUUCUGCGCCUCCCGGUCUAUCGCCCUCUUCUGGGGAUGCCAAGCGCUCCUCUCCAGGCGCAUGGAACGAGGCGUCAGAGUUUGCAAUGACGAUCAAGAGAAAGCCCGGCGGAGCAAUCUCCAACCUCUUGCACGACCUGUCCCCGAACCCCAGGAAACCCUUCACCGUCCCGCUGAUCUGUACCGGUGGCAGCUUUGUCCUCCCAGAUCCCGAGUCCAAGCCGUCCAAGGUGACCAUGAUUUCCGGAGGAAUCGGGUCCACACCCUUCCUGUCUAUGAUCCGUGGCGCCCGCCAAGUACUGACAGAAUACCCCGUGGACAUUCAAUGGAUCCUGUCCGCCACUUUCCUCGAGGAUGCCCUUCUCGGGGAUGCCCUUCAAGAGCUGACGGUACCUCUGACAGGCCACGCUGGCGACAAGAAUCAACCAACUGUGUCUGUGACCUUGUUCCUGACUGGUCGCCAUACUCCCGAAGAAGCUGCUGCCGUCGAGGCCAAGGUCGCGUUGAUCCCGGGUGUCAAGAUCCAGUUCGGAAGAGUCGACCACAAGAAACUAUUGGCUUCAGUCCCAGACCUGGAAGAGCGCCAGGUAUUGCUGUGUGGUCCAGAGCCCUUUAUGGAUGCUGUCAAGGGCCACCUGGAAGUCCUUCGUAUCCCUUCACAGCAGAUCCUGACCGAGGAGUUCAACUUUUAG